AUAGUGAAUUGUACGCUACGCGUUUCGGAGUCGAGUAUAGAGUGCGAAUGGUCGGGGAAUCGGUGGAUCGGCCAUCUGCUUUAGCCGCAGCCAGAGCCACGUCAUAUUUGAGUGCCGCUGUGGAGCGAGCUGUCCGAGCUGGCUUCCGCGUUUUUACAUAAAAUUACGUUCUCGCAGCCACAGACAUGAAUAUAUUUCGACUGCUGGGUGACCUGUCGCAUCUCCUAGCCAUUAUUGUACUUCUCCUCAAGAUAUGGAAAACGCGGAGUUGCGCCGGUAUCAGCGGCAAAUCGCAGAUCCUCUUUGCGAUUGUUUACACCAGUCGUUAUCUAGACCUAUUCACCACGUUCAUCUCAGCGUACAACACAUUCAUGAAGAUCGUUUUUAUCGCCACGUCUCUCGCCACGGUCUUUUUGAUGUACGUCAAGUUUAAAGCCACGUACGACCAUAAUCACGAUACGUUCAGGAUUGAAUUCCUGGUUUUACCCGCAUUCGUGCUGGCAUUGUUGAUCAAUCACGAGCUGUCUGUCGUGGAAGUCUUGUGGACGUUUAGCAUUUACUUGGAAUCGGUGGCGAUACUACCACAACUGUUUCUGGUAUCGAAAACGGGCGAGGCGGAGAGCAUCACCAGCCACUAUCUGUUCGCAUUGGGAUCUUACAGAGGCCUGUAUCUGUUCAACUGGGUGUACCGCUACUACGCCGAGGAUCAUUACGACUUGAUUGCUAUAGUCGCUGGAUUGGUGCAAACGGUUCUCUAUUGUGACUUUUUCUACCUCUAUAUCACCAAAGUACUCAAAGGCAAGAAGCUACAGUUACCUGCUUAGCUUCGGUGCGGAGUAUCAUCGUCAUCUUUACAUCGGAAGAAAACAUUUGACUGCCUGCAUUCGGCAUCGCCGACGCGAGAUCAAUUCGGGGGAUUUCGGAGGCACGAGAAACGCGUACGCGUGCGCGUGUAUAAGUGUACGUUUCUGCUAAAUACGGGAUACUUCGCAGCGCCUGUGUCCUUUCAAUUACUUCCUUCCUUCUCUCAUGUAUCAUCCCACGUACGAUGCCGCGUUUCCUUCCCAGGAUCAGCCGUGUUGCGUUCUUUGUAACAUUUUUUUCUUUUUUCUCAUGUUUUAUUUCAAGAGAUGUGUACGUUGCUACAAGACAAAAUCAAGAUCAAGAUAACUGUCUAUCUUGUAGAUUCGAAAAUUCUAGGAUAAUAAUCGGGAAUAAAAGAAAGAGAAGAAAAUUACAAAAAAUUAGAAGACUUUCAUUUAUAUUUACAGUCUAUGUCGUUGUAAUUUUCACUAAUAAAUGUAGCUAUAAUUAAACG